AUGACUCCCCUUUCCUGCUCGUGGCUGCUGCGCCUGGCUGCCCUCUGCCAUCUGACCAUCCUGCUGGCGGGACAGCACCAUGGAGUGAAGAAAUGUCGCAUCACCUGCAACAAGAUGACCUCGAGGAUCCCUGUGGCCAACCUGUUCCGCUAUGAACAGAACCAUGAGUCUUGCGGCAAGCGUGCUAUCAUAUUGGAGACCAGGCGGCAUAAAUUGUUCUGUGCUGACCCAGCGGAGAAAUGGGUCCAGGAAGCCAUGGCACAACUGGACCGCCGAGCUGCUGCUCUGACCCAAAAUGGUGGCACGUUUGAGAAGCAAAUCGGCGUGGGUGAGCCCAGGACAACCCCAGCCACAAGGGGAAUGUACCAGUAUGCUGUGUCAGAGGCUGACGCUACAGGGGAGAGCAGUAGCCUGGAGCUGACUCCUUCCCAGGAGGCACAGAGGGCCUUGGGGACUUCCCCAGGGCUGCCAACGGGAGUGGCUGGUUCUUCAGGGACCAGGUCCCCCUCAGCCUCAAAGGCUGAGGGUGAAGGGCCUCCAGCUGGGCCUGAGGUAACUGAGCUUCUCACUGUGGCUGCCAUUUCCACCACCAUCUCCACUGCGGUAGAAGGGCAGAGUUCUACUGCCUCCCAACCUGGGGCAGGCCUCUGGGCAGAUGGAGGGGCCUCUGAAGUCCCCUCAGAGGUCCCAUCCACCGAGGCCCCCUCCUCACAGGGCCCCUCCAUUGAGGCCCCCACCAUUUCAUACUCAGCCCCUGAGGACAACGUUGGAUCUGAAGGCCAACCUGUGUGGGUCAAGGAACAGAGCCCCAUGCCAGAGAACUCUCCAGAGUCCGAGGAGAUGGGCCCCAUUACAGCUCACACGGAUGCUUUCCUGGACUGGGGGCCUGGCAGCACAGCCCAUGCUUCUGUGGUCUCCGUCUCCUCUGACGAGGCCCCCAGCAGGGAGCCAGGGACUGAAGGCAGCUGGGCCUCCAAGGCUGAGGAGCCAAUUCAUGCCACUAUGGACCCCCAGAGGCUGGGUGUCAUCAUCACUCCUGUCCCUGACUCCCAGGCAGCCACCCGGAGGCAGGCAGUGGGGCUGCUGGCCUUCCUUGGCCUCCUGUUUUGCCUAGGGGUGGCCAUGUUUGCCUACCAGAGUCUUCAGGGCUGCUCCCGCAAGAUGGCGGGGGAGAUGGUGGAUGGGCUUCGCUAUGUCCCCCGGAGCUGUGGCAGUAACUCAUACGUCCUGGUGCCAGUGUGA